AUGAAAUUAAGCCAAAUAUUCGAUAACAAAGUUGACCAAAAUGAAAUUAAAUCAAAGUACCUAUGGAAUAUCAAUCAGAAUGGGUCUAAGAAAAUCAUGCUCAGGGUUAGUUUAUCUAAAUUUAAAAUUGACUCUUCAUGAAAAUCUUCAUCAUGCCCAAUUGGAACUCUAAAUUGCAUUGCUCUUCCCAAUAAUAGAUCUUUCGGUAUGAUUAUUGAAGAAGAAAACGGCAUCCAAUACCUAUUUAUAGCAGAUAAGUAUUUCAACCUCAAAAUCAUAGAAACUCCCAUAAAAGUCACAUUUGAUCCACGAUGUUUUAUCUCUUGCUAUAGACUGAGAGCUCUUUGGCUGGCUUCCCAAUCAUUUGUGACAGGAAAAAGGAUAGUUUAGACCAGUUUAUUUGGUAAAACCAAUUCCUUUACUUCUUAUUUAAGAAACGGAGAAGCUUCCUGCAGACUGCUUUUCAGAUUUCUAAUAGCUUAAAUAUCGAUCUGCUGCUUGCGUGCCAGUCCGAAAAUGAUCUUAAUAUGUUUCACUUGUCACGGACAAGGACUUGCACUCGCCGCACAAGAAGCUUUUAAUGCAGCCUCUACUAUUGCGCUAGGGAAUAUCCGAUUCUCUUAGCGAUAACUUUUGGCCUUACUUUUGUCCCUUUGUCAAAUCAGACAAAAUAUCAACUCACGAUAUAACCCUGAUCUGGAUUAGAGAAUGCGGCUGGCUGAAUCUGACACUGCGCUUAAAAAACUGGCAAAUACACGUUUCCAAGCUCUACUCUCCCUUUAGCAAGUUCACUUGGUUUCCCCGGCCACAGAUGCUAAUGGGGCAGUUUGGCUCACAACAUCAUUUCAAUGUAUAUCAAACAAUUCCCCAAAUGGCAGAAACUCAUAUCAAAUUAGCUAACCCAACUUAAGUUAAUUCAACUAGCUCCCCUUUUCCAUUAUAAAAGAUCAAAAAGCUCAAGCAAAAAGAGCACUCAGGCGAUAUUACGAUAAUUCAAUAUUUAUUUUUGAGAACUAUUUUAAUUUACACCAAGAACUUGGAAAGGCUAAUCUUGCCAAGCGAUAUUUUAUUUCACAGAAUAAAUGAAUUUUACUUACAAAAUUCCCUGAAAUAUAUCCAACUACUUGCAUUGGAUUAAACGAAAAAAUUAUUCUCUCUGAUGAUACAACUGGGAUAUGGGUGUAUGAUAUCAUAUUAGAUUCUUAUAGCUAUCAUAUUCCUAUAAAAACUAAUAAUAAUUCAGCUGAACAAAUAUUUAUUAAAGCUUCAGAAAAACUUUAUAUGAUAAUUCGUUCAGGUAUUAACGAGAUUUAUUGCUGCGAAGAUCCUCUAUCAGAAUGACACUUUGUAAGCAGUUUUAAUGAUAAAAUAUUUAGAAGAUCACUCAUACCUCGUGUUUAUUAUAAAGAUUCAAUUUACUUUCUUACAGGACUAACUUUAUAUGAAUUUUCACUAAAAAAUUUUGAGUCUAAAAAAGUCAAAAAAUUAAUUAAAGAAGCAUUUUUGACGUAA